GCCACGCCACCAAGGGGACCAUUUUAUUACCGACGUGAAUGAAAAGGAAAAUGAGAAUAUAAAUGAACAGUCUCGCGGGAGAUUAAAGUAUGGAUAAUAAACAAAAUAUAGACGGUACGGUAGGUGAACAAAAUGCAGAAAGAACUAAAACUUCUAAGGAAGGCGAAGAGCAAAAUAGUUUAGGAGAUGACAUCAUUUAUGAACCUGUACGGAAGAUAGACAUAUAUGCUAGGAGUAGAAGAAAAAUAUCAACACUGGCACAUACAUUAAAACGAUAAUCUCAUGAAGGUAGAAUGGACAAAUUCAAUGACAUUAUUACCGCUAUUAAUAGCAGGUGUGUUAUGAAGAAACUUCAGUUAGGAAAGUGUGUAAGAAAUUAUAUGGAGAUGGCUGACAUAAAAUUUACAGCUCUGGAUGCCCAGAUAGAAGCCAGAAGACUGAAAUAUGAUACAAGUUUAACUGAUAGUGAAGUCUUCGUCCAAAUGGAGAAGGUUAUCAAGUUCACGUCCGAUCCAACUGUUAGCAGUAUGACAUAUCUUGCGAGAUUAGGUUCUGCUCUUUCCAUGAAAACUACACUUGACAACGGACUGGUUUAUUUACAAUAUGCAAGAGAGCACAGUGAACGUGUACUGCCAUGUAAAGAUACUGGGAUGGUGUAUUAUAUAGAAAUCAACCUUCUCUCCCAGAAGUAUGAACAAAAUCCCACUGAAGAGAUGAAAAAGGAAGUCAUAAAAACGACCGAACGCGCUAUAGCACAAUUUUCCAAUGAAGCAGACGACAUUAGAAAAGACUAUGAAAGAAUGCUGAUGUUAAAAAUGGCAUAUUGCUACCUUGGUUUGAGUCUGUUUGGCAAAAGAAUAAAUGAUGUUAAAGUAUCAGACGGGGACAGGCAAUCCGCAAAGAAGUGUAACGACUUCAUUGAAAUUCCAGAUAUUUGGGAGAGGAUGGAAAGCAGAAGAAAAAUGUUGUAUCACAUUGCAAAAGCAGAAUAUUACAGACAAGAAAUGGUCCAUGAUUUGUCAUUAUUAAAUGCAAAAGAAGCGGAAAGGUUUGCACAAGAAAACAAGUGGACGGCAGAAUUACCAAAUAUACUUGAUCUGAUUGAAGUAUUAGAAGCAAAUUCUCAAAAUGAUGUGAACGAUGAGCAGUUAGCAGACGACAUUGUACAAAGGUUGUUGGAAGACGUUGCAGACGAUGGUGACUAAAAAAGAAGAUAAUAUGUUAACAGAGAUAUGAAAAAGUUGAUAUCCAGUUAUCAUGCGACUACGAUUAAACCUAUACUUAACAAAACUUGGUAUCUUGGCAAAAGUUUUGUUACUAACAGUACAUAUAUGAAUUAUUCACAUAUUUACACAAAUAUAUUGAACAAAAUGGGUAGUCAGGGAUUUCCCUCUGUUGUUUCAAUGCAAAACUAUCGUUUUAUACAUUGCAUUGAUAGCUCAACAUCGCGAGAACCAGACAUCGUAACCUGAUUAUAUCAGUAAAAAUACCCCCCGUUAAUAUGUUAAAAUGAAAUUAGUUCAUGUAUUCACACCACAUUAUUUCUCCAAAUGUUCAAGAUAUCUCCUCUUACAACAAAAUUUCACUAAAGGCAAACUCUUUCAACUUCCUUACUUUUUCACUAAAAAAACUUCAUCACAAAUAUAAAUAAAAAUUUGAGCCGCGCCAUGAGAAAAUCAACAGUUUCUCUAAUUGCAAUAGGUUUUGAAAGCGAACAGCAUGGAUCCUGACCAGACUGCGCGGAUGCUGGUCGCAAAGCCACGUACUAUGUUGGUUUUCCCAUUGCGCGGCUCAAAUACCUUUGUCUGUCGUUCUAUAAUAUCACCAAUACCAAGGACCCGGCUUUUUCAUAAACUGAAGACAAUACUACUAUUUGAACAACAAGUGUUCACUGAAGAAUUUUACAAAAGAAACGAAUACGUCGAGUCCAAUAUCAAGAUUUAAUUUGUGUAAAAGAAAUACUUGACCAAUAUAGACAUUUGGCAGAGGGCCAAAGACGUGUAUUAUGUCUCGAUGUGUAGAAAAGACCCACACACUGGCUGAAACUGACUACUCUAGACACGUGACCACUUCAUUCAUUUUUAUUGUGUUGCACAUAAAAGGUUUAUUAAAAGAAACAUAUAAACACAAUCGUAUGGAGAUUUUAUCUUUUUCAAAAACCAAUAUCCUGCCAUCUUUCUCUCUCUGUCUAUUUUUUUUUCUCGCUCUGUUAUUUUACCCGACUCUUUGAUCCAGCGCUUAGACUGUCUGACUACGAAACUAGGGGUCAUGAGUGCGAAUCCCCGCUCUUCCAACUAAAUAUUACCAUGGAAACUUCUGGAACCCUCCCACUAACAUUACUAAUAGUCAGUCUUCUGGAGGAGUCGCCCAUAUUGGUUACCGGAGACGACUGUAGAAAAAUUAAUGCAGGUAAGACCUCAAUAAGGAACGCCGCAGCUGUAUUAUGUCGGGACAUUUCAUGUUAGAGUAUUAUCCUGUCAAACCAAUUAUGUUAUUAAAUAAAAAUGUGAUGUUAACUUUUUCAGCUAGUGUCUUAUUAUGUUAAACAGUUAAGCCAUUAUAUAAAGCUGUGAUGUGAACAUGAACAAAUAAUGUCUAAUAAUGUCAAAUAUAUAAGUUAUCAUGUCGAAUCGUGCUGUUUACUUGACCAGAUAG